GCAUUGGCAUCCAAGCGCGGGGAAUUCCUGCGCGACCCCGUGGGGGCAGCAGAGCAGGGCCCGAAGUGGCCGCUGGUUCAUUUCGUAUCACUCCAGAGCAAGUCAGAUUUUUGGGCCAAGCUGAUCUCGUUCCCUGGCGGCGACCUCAUCAGCGCAUAUCCUGGUCUCAUGGACGUCGGCGCGCGCGAGUGGAAAGCCCUGCAGAUCUCCAUCUGA